CUUUUCACCACCUCACCCAUCUUCAUAGGUCAACAUGUCUGGGAUCAACGCUGGAGACGAGAAACUUGUAUUUGAGUCCUCCGAGGCAGUCUCGGUUGUGUCGACUUUUGAUGACCUCAACUUGAAAGAGGACCUUCUUCGCGGUAUAUAUGCGUACAAUUUCGAGAAACCGUCUGCUAUACAGCAGCGAGCUAUUCUCCCAAUAACGCAGGGUCGCGAUGUCAUUGCACAAGCACAGUCUGGAACCGGUAAAACUGCCACCUUCUCCAUAUCUAUCUUGCAGUCUAUCGAUGUCUCUGUUCGCGAAACACAGGCACUGGUGCUAUCGCCUACGCGCGAACUGGCAACCCAGAUUCAGUCUGUGGUUCUCGCUCUCGGUGACUAUAUGAAUGUCCAGUGUCAUGCUUGCAUUGGAGGUACAUCCAUUGGCGAGGACAUUCGAAAGUUGGAAUACGGUCAACACGUGGUGUCCGGAACCCCUGGCCGUGUUUUCGACAUGAUUCGGCGCCGUGCUUUGCGGACGCGCAACAUUAAAAUGCUGGUUCUUGAUGAAGCAGACGAACUGCUCAAUAAGGGGUUCAAGGAUCAAAUAUAUGACGUAUACCGUUACCUUCCCCCAGCUACUCAGGUUGUCCUACUGAGUGCGACACUGCCUUACGACGUGCUGGAGAUGACGACAAAAUUCAUGACCGAUCCCAUUCGUAUCCUCGUCAAGCGUGAUGAGCUGACGCUAGAAGGGAUUAAACAAUUUUUUGUUGCUGUAGAAAAAGAGGACUGGAAGUUCGACACGUUGUGUGAUCUGUACGACACGCUUACCAUCACACAAGCUGUCAUCUUUUGCAACACCCGACGCAAGGUUGAUUGGCUAACUGAAAAGAUGCGCGCGGCAAACUUCACCGUGUCAUCGAUGCACGGUGAAAUGGUUCAGAAGGAAAGAGAUGCUAUCAUGGCGGAAUUCCGCGGUGGCACAUCUCGCGUGCUCAUCACGACAGAUGUUUGGGCCCGAGGGAUUGAUGUCCAACAAGUCUCCCUUGUUAUCAAUUAUGAUCUCCCGGCCAAUCGUGAGAAUUACAUACAUCGCAUUGGGCGCUCUGGUCGUUUCGGCCGGAAAGGUGUUGCUAUCAACUUCGUGACUGUUGACGACGUGCGUAUCCUGCGCGACAUUGAACAAUUUUACAGCACACAAAUUGACGAAAUGCCGGUCAAUGCUGCGGAGCUUAUUUAGGAGUGAUACGGCAGACUGCAGCCAAGUUAUUACUUGCAUUGAGCCCGAAUGAUAUUCAAUGGUCUGCAUAUUUGUAUUUUAUGACGUUUUAUUUUUUUUUGCAUUCGUCUUUAGUUGUGGUUGUAUCCUUUGACUACCAAUUUGUAUGGGUUGUCACUAAAAGGCCAUGUUGUCUUUGAUUCUGGGGUACCAAUUCAUGUGAAUAUCGACCAUUGUAUGCACGGCAUUCCCAUCGCUUACACUGUUCGCCGUUCCGAGAAAUGUUAUGCGCUCGUCGGCAUCGCAUGGAUUGAAGGCUUAGUCUAUCUGUGCAGUACUCUAGUACAUUAACGGAC